CAAGGGUGCUGCCAUGAUUCGCUUGGAGGAUUUUGAUAUUUCUCCUGACACUGGCUUUCUUGGAAGUCAGCCCCAUCUCCAUCUCUCGGGAGAAUGGACAAUGUGGGAGGAUCUACUGGAGCAUGCCAUGGAACGAAAGCUCGUCCUGGGCGAGAGUGCUGCUUACUCCGAGGCAACGUUAACGGAGUCUGCUCGGUGGCGUAUGCGAGUCUGUGAGGCGCCUCUGUUGUCGGCUACCGUGCUAGACGGUUCACUUCCGGCUCUUAGACGUGCCCACCAUGUCCUAUCGUUCAUUCUACACUUUUACGUACACACCCUACCUCCCGAUCGUGCCAUCUGCAUACCACCGCCGUUGUCUGUUCCAUUGUCACACAUCUCUAACGUCCUUGAUCUGCCACCCGUGAUCACAUACUCUGAUUUAGUCUUGUACAACUGGACGACGGACCCUUCCACUGGCGAAAUUUACUUUCCUUCCGUAUUUUCUGGGCAGGGUGACGAGCAAGCCUUUUAUCGGGCAUCAGCUGUCAUUGAACUACGAGGCGUCGAAGCGCUAGACCUCAUUCGCCAAAUUUCAGACAAUAUUCUCGUCGGUGCCGUUGCCCAAAUUACCAAGGCACUAGUACGCAUGUCUGUUCUCAUAGAUGACUUUAAGAAGGUUCUUCUCGGUCUGCGGAAGGAUUGCAAUUCCGAAGUCUACUAUCAGCAGGUUCGGCCCUGGUUGCGAGGUGAAGAUUCGCCACCUAGAAAGUGGAUGUUCCAAGGAUUGCCAGGCGAUUCCAGCGAGAUGUUCAAGGAACUGUCAGGCCCAAGUGCGGGCCAAAGUACACUUAUUCAUGCACUGGAUAUAUUCUUUGGGAUAAAUAACCAUCUUGCGAAUGGAACUCGAUCGCUUUUUGGGAGGAUGCAGCGUUAUAUGCCCCGUGAGCACCGCCGCUUCCUGACUCGCCUAUCAUCUUCUCCUCGCUCUUUGAGAGGUUUCAUCAAAGAUUCAAGUGACCGAGAGCUACUGGAUGCCUACAACAAUGCAGUGUUGGCGCUGAAGGCAUUUCGGGAUGUGCACAUGGUCAUCGCGACACUGUAUAUCGUUGUUCCAGCCAAUAGGGUAGGGAGGAGUGUUUCCACAGAUAUUGAAUACAUAGGAACGGGUGGCACUGGGUUUGUACCAUUUCUGAAAGGAAUCAGAGACCGUACGGAGGAGAGUGUGCUGCAUUCAGAGUCAGUGUCAUGGUGAAUUGCUGUGUUGCUUAAAGAUGAGAG